AUGGCUAAUCGUCUUGUUUCGGUAAGUUGUUUGAAGCUUUGUAUGUAUUUAUAUUUUUAAUGAUAACAAGACUCAAAUGGCGGCUAACGCCGCCGUCAGUCUUGUGUCGGAGCCUUCGGCUCCUCCCUGCCCGUGACUCAGACCGAGCUGACGCUCGGAAGCGGCUCCGCCGCUAACUGUUUUGUUCUAACCGUUAGAGAGUUCACGUUUCCAUUUAUUAAUUUCUCCGUCCCAACUAUUUCCGUUUUAGAAAUUAAAAAGUGUGCGGACACACCAAGAAAUCAUUCUUAUUAAUAAAAGUCUUCACGGGUAUGUCCGUCUGUUUGUUUGUUUGUUUGUUUAUUUCUCCGUUUGUCCGUCCCCACUUCAUUUCUAAAACGAAAAAGUGUGACGGAGAAAUGAAGAAACGGGCACGUGAACUCUCAAACAACUAUGAGAAACAAACAAGCGGAGAAGCCGCUUCCGAGCGUUAGCUCGGCCCGCGCAGCGGGCCCGGUUUCAAAAGUCUUGUAAAUAAAUAAAUAAACAGAGGGACAGACCCCUCAAGACUUUUAUUAAUAAGAAUGAUGAUAUAACUUUAGGAAGAGGCUCUUGAACUCGCUCAACUGCAUCGAGGAGUGAGAGAUCUUGUUCGCGACAAGUAAGAAAAUUGUUUUGCAUUGUUUAGUUAUUAGCUUCUAAUAAUUGGUUUUAUAUAAUAUCUUAGUUUGCUUUUUUAUACAACUCAUAAACCUUUUAUCAAUUUAGGAAAGAUGACAUGGACCAGCCGACUCGAGAAGCUGUGUUCGAAAUUCUUUUGGAUGGAAUUCGAGAAAUUGAAGAAGUUAUGGUUCUUCCUACAAGUACGGAUACGCUUUUAUUUUUCUUACUUUGUAACAUUUUGUAAACAAUAUUACUAUUGGAAAAAUUCAGAAGCUUUUUUAAAAGAGUUUUUAAAGAAGUUUCUGUUUAGUUCGCGGACACCUCGAUCCAAAUCUUCGAAAUCCAGCCGUCGACGAGGUAUGCUUCUUUUUUUUCUAUCUUUCUUAUAUAUAAAACACAAGAGGCGUCUGUCUGCACAGGUGAACUGCGAUUGAUCUAUUAUACAGUCCUCGCCAAUGAUAGACAAAUGAUACGUUAACGGCGAGCCGGUUCGUCGCGGAUUGAUCAACCGCUCGCGGGUUGAUCAAUUGUUAGCCAUAUGGCUCGCGAUUGACGUAUGAUUGGCCAAUAUUAACGGAUAUUAGCCCGCAAUUGACAAAUCGAGUACGCAGGUUGCAACAAAUCGCAUAGUUGGCAUGGGCCGGGCCGUAUGUCAAAAUUUUCCCAGCCCGGCCCGGCCCGGACGGCCCGUGAUAGAAAAAUUUUGAAUUUCGAAAAAUUUCGAAAAUUGUAAAAACGUUUUUUUCAACAUUUUUUGUAUGUUUUUAGUGUUUUUCAUCUAAAUAGGUCAUAUUGAUGUCGAAAAUGACACAGAUAGGCCGUUUUCUACCUGCUAACAAUAAAAACCAAAAAAAAAAAUUUCGAAACGGUUACAUGUGUUCAAUCACCGAGACGCGCAAUUGCAAACUUUGCACUUAACCGCGAAGAAAAAUUGGAAAAAAACAGUAUAAAAAACUUUUUGAAAUGCGGGCCGAGCGGGCGGGCCGGGCCGUGAAAUUUUUUUCCGGCCCGGCCCGGCCCGGGCGGGCUGGCGGGCCGUAGCGGACCGGGCCCAAAAAGCACAACUAUGACAAAUCGCAGUUCACCUGUGUGUCUGUCUGUCUGUCUGUUUGUCUUUUUGGAUGUCCAGCGAGGGCAGCAGAAAGAAAGACGGACCAGACAAAACCGACCCCGCACCGCGUGCGCCGCAGGCGCGCCUUUUGCCACUUGGCCACCAGCGCACCAUGCGAGACCGGAGGUCGAGCCCGUAGACAUGCGAGGCCGAAGGCCGUGCGCGUAGCUAUGCGAGCGGAGCGAGCAAGCCUGAAACCCGGCGUUAGCCGGGGAGCAGGCUUGUAAUUAGAAUAGUAUAUUACAGCACUCGAAUCAAGAGUGUAUGCAUGAUUAUUUAUCGUUUAAAUAAUAAUUUGUUAAGAACUCUUCGUGGAACUCUAUCUUGCGCCGACUCGCAAAUCAAAUCAAUGCAGUCUGCAUUCUUUGUGAUUUGACACAUCUAGGUAUUUUUUAUAUUAUUUUACAAGCCUGCUUCCCGGCUAACGCCGGAUUUCAGGCUUGCUCGCUCCGCUCGCAUAGCUACGCGCUCGACCUCCGGUCUCGCAUGGUGCGCUGGUGGCCGAGUGGCAAACAACGCGCCUGCGGCGCACACGGUGCGGGUUCGGUUUUGUCUGGUCCGUCUUUCUUUCUGCUGCCCUCGCUGGACAUCCAAAAAGACAGACAGACAGGUGAACUGCGAUUGAUCUAUUAUACAGUCCUCGCCAAUGAUAAACAAAUGAUACGUUAACGGCGAGCCGGUUAGUCGCGGAUUGAUCAAUUGUCAGCCAUAUGGCUCGCGAUUAACGUAUGAUUGGCCAAUAUUAACGGAUAUUAGCCCGCGAUUGACAAAUCGAGUACGCAGGUUGCAACAAAUCGCAGUUCACCUGUGUAAGAAAGAUAUAGAGUUUUUAGAUGCUUGUUUAUUUAACUAUUUUGAUUACAGACAUGUAUUUAUUUUGUUUUAUAGGACCGGCGGCAAACAAUGAUGAAACGAAUGCAUUGGAUCAAGUGA